AUGGAUAUGUGUCGUUAUAUGUCUUGUCCAUAUGGUCAACAAUGCUUAAAUGGUGUAUGUUGGAGCAAUACACCUCUCCUCACUACCACAAUUACAAUUCCAAAUAAUUUCAUUCCAUUUCCAAUUAAUCAGAAUAUGAAUCCAUCACUGGUAGCAAAUCCGUGGUAUACAAAUCGGUUAGGUUUUAUACCUACUGGAAAUAGACGAUUAUGUACAACUAAUGCUAAUUGCUAUAGCGGUCAGAUUUGUCGCUACGAUGGUUGUUUUUAUGGGACAAUGUCAUAUAGCUUUGGUACACAAACAUGCAGCUUAACGGAGAAUUGUCCAAGUGGUCAAAUAUGCGUUAAUGGUUUCUGCUUGCCAAGUAAUACUGCACAAAUUGGAAGUCGUAAUCAACCAAUGCUUAUAUCUUGUUCAACUGGAGCAAUUUGUCCUGUUGGUUAUUACUGCAUUAAUGGAUUUUGUGUUCGAAAUGCUCUAACAUCAACUUUUGCAUGUUCACAUGGUAUGUGUCCAUCAGGAAUGACAUGCUAUAUGGGACGAUGUACCAGUUCCAGUUUUCUUGGAAGAUAA